GCACUCUCGGGAUGGAGGGCGAGCGCCGGGCAUCUCAGGCGCGUUCUUCGGGCUUCCCGGCCAGGGGCGCCGAUGGAGGAAAGCCGGGCAGCGACUCUCCCUUCCUGGGCAGUAGCAGCGGCUCCUCCGCCCUGCUACAGGCCGAGGUGCUGGAUCUCGACGAGGACGAGGACGACCUGGAGGUGUUCAGUAAGGAUGCUUCCUUGAUGGACAUGAAUUCCUUCAGCCCUAUGAUGCCGACAUCCCCUUUAUCAAUGAUAAAUCAAAUCAAGUUUGAAGAUGAGCCAGAGCUAAAGGAUCUCUUCAUUACUGUUGAUGAACCUGAAAGCCAUGUUACUACAAUUGAAACUUUUAUUACGUAUAGGAUUGUUACUAAGACAACUCGUGGGGAAUUUGACUCCAGUGAAUUUGAAGUUAGGAGGCGUUAUCAAGAUUUCCUUUGGUUGAAGGGAAAACUUGAAGAAGCACAUCCCACUCUGAUUAUUCCACCAUUACCAGAGAAGUUUAUAGUGAAGGGAAUGGUGGAACGAUUUAAUGAUGACUUCAUUGAGACGCGAAGGAAAGCAUUACAUAAGUUUUUGAACCGAAUUGCUGAUCACCCAACUUUAACAUUCAAUGAGGACUUCAAAGUUUUUCUUACUGCACAAGCCUGGGAACUGUCUUCCCAUAAGAAGCAAGGGCCUGGACUGCUCAGCAGGAUGGGACAAACAGUACGAGCCAUGGCUUCCUCCAUGAGGGGCGUUAGGAGCCGCCCCGAGGAAUUCAUGGAAAUGAAUAACUUUAUUGAAAUAUUUAGUCAGAAAAUAAACUUGAUAGAUAAAAUAUCGCAAAGAAUUUACAAGGAAGAAAGGGAAUAUUUUGAUGAAAUGAAAGAAUAUGGCCCCGUCCAUAUUCUGUGGUCAGCAUCGGAAGAGGAUUUGGUUGAUACUCUUAAAGGCAUUGCUAACUGCAUCGAUCAAUGCUGCAAGGCCACUGGAAAGCGGAUGUCUGGACUCUCAGAGGCCGUGCUUCCUGUGAUCCAUGAAUAUGUGCUUUACAGUGAGAUGUUAAUGAAUGUUAUGAAAAGAAGAGACCAAAUACAAGCAGAACUGGAAUCCAAAGUCGAGGCUUUAGACUAUAAAAAGGCAGACUCUGAGCUGCUUACAGAAGAGAUUGGAAAACUUGAAGAUAAAGUGGAAUGUGCAAAUAAUGCCCUGAAAGCAGAUUGGGAAAGAUGGAAACAAAAUAUGCAGAACGAUAUCAAGUCGGCAUUUACAGAUAUGGCUGAGGAGAAUAUCCACUAUUAUGAACAGUGCCUUGCUACGUGGGAGUCAUUCCUGACAUCACAGACCGACCUCCAACUAGAAGAAAACUCUGAAGAUAAGCCUUGACCCUAUUGAGGACUUCGGUUUGAUCUUUGGGGACGGCAUCUAUCAACCAAAGUUAUUUUUCUGCAUCAGCUGUGUGCUUUAUAAAGCGGAUGGGAAAUGUCUCACACUACCUGGGAAAUCAAGACCUUGAGAACUCAGGUAUUCCAGGUCACUGAAACGAAGGUGGAGAUCUGUGUGUCUGUCUUUAUAGAUAUAUAUCUGUAUGGAGAGAUUACUUUUACUUUUAAUUAUGUUCUUAAAGUUGUGUGCCAAUAAUUGCUUACAGAACAAUUUUUCCUUAAAGACUUGACUGCGGAACAUGACAUUUUAAAUAUGUUGCAAAGACUCAGUUUUAAUAAAAAGUUUAAUA